AAGGUAGUGGAACAGAGCACAGAAGCAGCUGUAGAGAAGACGCUCUCUCACGCACUCGUUCUCGCAUGCACUCGCACUCACUCUCUCUCACGCACUCGCACUCGCACAGACCUGAUAACAUCAGGGAAGAAGCUGUUCUGGAAUCUAUUUGUCCAACUUUGUUGUUUGUGAAGGUAACUCGCAAGAAACGGGAAUCCAGGAGGUUUUAUGCCUGCGCAGCUUGUAGAGAUCGCAAAGACUGUAACUUCUUCCAGUGGGAAGAUGAGAAGGUGUCAGAGGCCCGGCAGUUAGCAAGAGAAGAAUUGAAUCGAAGACGACAGCCACAGUUUACUCAUCAGCAAUAUGUGGAGAGAUACCAACGAUUUGUGUCUUUACCCUUGGCAAAUAGAACGUUCUGUACAGACUGUCAGAUUUUGCUACUUCCCGAGGAUUUGGACCAGCAUUCAACUCAUGAUCAGCUGGGACAUGUCGCUCUCUGUCAACUGAAAAGACCCAGUCUUUUGCUGCUUCCACUAGAAAACAAGAAGACCAAUGCUCAGUACCUGUUUGCUGAUCGCACUUGCCAAUUCUUGUUGGAUUUAAUUGCUUCAUUGGGCUUUAGAAGGGUGCUGUGUGUUGGAACACCACGCCUACAUGAGCUAAUAAGAGUGCGCCAGUCUGAAAAUAAGGAACCGUUUAUAAGGAGUCAACUUCUGGAUAUUGAUUUCAGAUAUUCCCAGUUUUAUUCAGAGGAGGAGUUUUGCCACUACAACAUGUUUAAUCACUAUUUCUUUGGGGGAAAGCCAGACUUUGAAACAUUCCGAACGUUCUUAUGUCAGAACAAGGGAGAGUCUGUUGUUAUGGUGACUGACCCACCAUUUGGCGGCCUAGUGGAGGCUCUGGCCCACAGCUUCAAAAAGAUUGUUGGUGAAUGGAAGACUUCACGGAAUAAAAUUGAUGAGGAGCUGCCAAUAUUUUGGAUUUUUCCAUACUUUUUUGAACCUCGUAUUCGGCGGUUUUUCCCAACGUUGAACAUGUUGGAUUACCAGGUGGAUUAUGAUAAUCAUGCAUUGUAUAAACAUGGAAAAACAGGACGUAAACAGUCUCCAGUUCGCAUAUUUACCAACCUUCCUCCUAAAGAUAUCACUUUGCCUGCAGAAGAAGGGUACAGGUUUUGUUCACUUUGUCAAAGAUAUGUAUCCUCAGCAAACAGACACUGUGAGAUUUGCCAGGCCUGCACAUCUAAAGAUGGUAGACAAUGGAAACACUGUAAGACGUGCAACAAAUGUGUAAAACCAUCCUGGAUUCACUGUGACACCUGUUGUCGGUGUGUACUUAAGGAGCACUCUUGUGGGAAAGCUGGAGGAGGAUGCUUUAUUUGUGGAAGCUCUGAACAUAAACGCAGAGAAUGUCCUCGCACAGCAAUCCUAAAAAGGACCACUUCUGAAGGGGCAAAACCACAGAAAAGAAGGUAUUUGAAGGCAGAGAAAGAGACUACUGGAAGAAUAGCUAAAAAUCUAGCACAAAAGAUGAGUGUCCAAAAGAAGAAAACAAUGAAAUUGAUGAUCGGGAAGUUAAAAAGGAAACAGAAGAAAAAGAAGCAGCAGCAGUUAAGGGGACCGACUAUGUCCUGUGUCAGAUGACAUAGCUUUCCUUGACAAGCACAACCUAAUUUCUGCCUAAUUUCGGCAGUGAGUACUGUCUGUCAAUGUAGGGCCAUUGAAAUUUGUCCAUAAGGUACUUCUGAAAAAAACCUUGAUAUAGCUAUAAAUUAUUUAUAUUGCAAUGAAGGAACAUGUUAAUUUGAAAGAAUAACAGAACAUUGUAUAUCCAACAAUAUUUCAAAUGGAGCAACCAAACCAUUCCAUUGCACUAUUCCAAUGUUAAUGCUUUAUUUCUUCGAAAUUUUGGACACGUAUUUGAUAACAUGCUAGAGAAUAUUUGUGUUCCUGUGGCCUCAUCUUACUAGUAUAGUGCCAUGUUUAGAAUCCCAUGUUUCCCACUGUAUAUUCCCAUUUGAUUUGAAUGGUAAGUUUGUGAUUGUUUUCAACAAUUUCUGCAUGUGCAAUAGGUCAAUAAAACUUUUAUUUUCCUAUAAAGAGAGUUUACAGAAGCUGUAUAGUUAUGGAUUAGAUUUAUUCAAUUAAUUUUAGUUUGGUGAGAUUGCAUUUGAUUUCGGAAGAAGAGCACACAAGUUGCUUUCAUUUCUUUUCCUUUGGAUUAAUAUUGCAUUCACAUUCACAAAACAGCUCACUUGAUGGCUAUCAAAGGAACCACAUCAAAGAAAGGGCUCUUCUUUAGCUCAUGUGGCUAUCAGAUAGAAAAGAAAACUUUGCAAUUUAACGUCUAACACAACAUGCAUCCUGUUGUUUUGAACACACUGCUUUGUUCUUUUGUUUUCUUUGCAAUAUAAAUAAUUUAUAGCUGCAAUGAAGGGACAUGUUAAUUUGAAAGAAUAACAGAACAUUGUAUAUCCAACAAUAUUUCAAAUGGAGCAACCAAACUGCCACACUUAAUUAUGUCGCAUGUGAAAGACUAGAAUGUGAUUUACAAAUAUGUUGGAUGUGAAAUGGGAAAUAUUUAAAUAAGUUAUUCAUUGUAAAUUAUUUAGUCACAAUGCAAACUUGCACAGCAGGUAACAGGAUGUACGAGUUGAUAACACAAUUUUCUUGAGUCCAUAACUUGGUUUCGUUUUUUUCAGAAGUACCUUAAUAUUGUUGAGGUUCUUAUCCAUUUAGUGGUGCAUAUCAUUAAUGUGCCCAAUAUUAACUGAAUAGAAAGCUUCUGAAAACUAAAGCCUAAAUAUUUUGCUCCAAGUUUGGGAAUAGAAUUAGAGCAUUCAAAAUGUGGCUCAGCACUUUGGCUUUUGUAUUGGUGGGUCAUAUCUACAAGGUGGGGUGGGGUCUGUGUAAAAGCCUUUCAGCUGUCACUCUUUGCAGCAUUCUAUUUGUUUUAGCCUCUAUGCCACUCAUCCAGCAUCCAUCACUUGCAGAACUCAGACCAUGUUGAGACUUAAAAAAAACUAAAUAUCCAUUAAUAAAUUCAUUAUUCAAAAAAAUUAAAAACUCAUUUGUUACAUUUAACUUUAUUCCCCUUUUAAAAGGCAAAUUGAUGCUCUGCCCAGGUUUAUAAGCCGUUUGAGCUGAUUAGAUCUCUUCUCUCAAACAACACAGGCGAUCCUCCAGUCAACUGGCAUAUGAUGACACCCUAAAAUAAAUUAUUGUGCUGAUAUAUCUUAUGGUACCUUUAACACAAAGUAAAACUUUGCAGUGUUAUCAACAAUGUUUUGCUAGUAAGCCACACAAGAAAUAAGAAUAGGUGAAAAAGGCUUGAUUUAAUAAAUAGUAUCAGAGAUAAUGGGAACUGCAGAUGCUGGAGAUUCCAAGAUAAUAAAAUG